AGUCCCCUGCACGGAGGGAGGCCCCCAAGAUGGCGAUGCUGGCGGAGCCCCGGAGAAAGCAGAAGUGGUCUGUGGAUCCCCGAAACAGCGCUUGGAGCAACGAUGACUCCAAAUUUGGCCAGAAGAUGCUGGAAAAGAUGGGCUGGUCCAAAGGAAAGGGUCUUGGGGCUCAAGAGCAAGGAAAUCCAGAGCACAUCAGGGUUAAGGUGAAAAACGACGUGCUGGGGUUAGGAGCUACCAUCAAUCACGAGGACAACUGGAUUGCUCAUCAGGAUGACUUCAACCAGCUUCUGGCUGAGCUGAAUAACUGCCAUGGACAGGGUGAAACAGAGUCGUCAGUGAAAAAGCAGAAAAAGACAUUCAGCCUUGAAGAAAAAUCCAAAUCUUCCAAGAAACGUGUCCAUUAUAUGAAGUUUGCCAAAGGUAAGGAUCUCUCAUCACGCACUGAACAGGACCUGUCCUGCAUUUUUGGGAGAAGACAGAAGAGUGCCAAGACCCAGGAGGAUAUUGCUGAUCCUGACUCCCAGGAAGAGAAGGAGAGGAACAACUGGCUCUCCAGCCCGGGAGAUGGUUCCAAUACAGUGAAGAGUGUUCUCACUGUCCAGGAAUAUUUUGCUGAGCGCAUGGCAAAGCUGAAGGGAUCCAAGAAGGAAACAGAAACAAAGGUGGAUCAUUCCAGCCCAGCAGCUGACGAAGCUGUAGAGCCUUCAGAAGAGAUGGAAACCAAAGUCAAAAAGAAAAAGAAGAAGCAGAGGAGAGAUGAUGAGGCAGAGAGGGCAGAGGACUGUGAGAAACCAGGGAAAAAGCCUAAGACAGGGAGCUUGAAUGGAAAAGAACUGGAUGAUCCACUAAAUGAGUGUCACAAAAGGAAAAAAAAGAGGAAACAUAAAGAGGACGAAGGAGAAAACAUCAGUUGUGAUGAAAAUAUGGGCAAUGGAGAGAUUUCUGUGGGAAUGUCUGAGGGGGAGGAACUCAGCGCAGAGGAGCAGGAGGAAAAGCAGAAGAAACGCCACAAGAAGAAGCACAAAAAGCAAAAAGAGGAGACAGGGGAGUGUGGGGAAGGAGCACCCAGAAAGAAAAAGAAGCACUGCAAGAACAUUUAACCCUUUCAGGCUUAAUGUCUGUGUUAGAGGAGGCUCUGUAUAAACACAGCACCAGUCCAGGCUUGGACACUGCUCCAGCUCCAGCAGGGACAGGCUGGAUCUGAACACAGGCUGGAUCUAGACUCAGACUGGAUCUAAACACAGGCUGGAUCUAAACCCAGCUCUCCUAAGGGAAAACAGGAUGGUGAUGGGCCAACAGGAGGUUCAGUGCUACAUUCAAAAGGGAUCCAUGUGGAGGAUUAACUCAUCAAGACUGGGAAAGGCAGGGAAUGACUUUCUGCUGCUUCACACUGACUGUGUUUUUUCUCAAUCCAGGAAGAAAAAAAUUAAAAAUCACCCUAGUACUGCCUUUUUAUUAAAGUUGUUUUCACUUGUGAGAGCCCUGCCCUGCUUCUGGAAGCAGGGGUGAGGUUUGCAAAGCUGGUUUUUUUCAUUGAUUUUUGCAGCUGAUUUUUACAUUCAUCUCUUUUUACAUGUAAAAUGAAUGUUGUUUCUUCCCAAAGUGCUUGUUCUGAUUAAAAGUUUGCUCCUGAGUGUCAGCACUAAAGGAUGAAAUAAAAAAGACCUCCCUGUGCCUCCAAACCAUUGUCAAACAAUUGUAACUUUGCACCAAAACUAAAAGAAUUGUUUAGUAACCUUACUAUUUAUUAACCAUACCUAAGUCUUUGAUUUCCAGGCAAUUCUCAGGAUCUCUUCGCUAGUACCUCUGGAAUCCAGAAAGCUGCCUUGGAUAGAGCCAGGUUUUUUUCCUGAAAUUGGGAGACCAGCACAUUUUAAAAGCACAGUCAGAUUGCUAUUGCCAUUCACACAUUGAGAACUUGCAAUUUGGAUUUAUAACCAAACUAGAGCUUGUUUCUCAUUGUAAGCCUGGAAAUAAGGAAUGCUGGAACUGGGCACUGCCACAAGCAGUUUUGUGGGAGAUCUGAAACAUUCAGCAUGAAUUUUGUCAUUUUAAUGUCACUCAGAGCUGUUGGAAGAGAUGGGUGAGCUUGGAAGGAGUGAAAUGGGAAGAAGGAUUCACCUUCCUGGUGUUCUGAUAUUUCUUUGGCCACAGCAAACUGCCAGCACAACACUGAACAGCAACCAGUUAUCCUGGCAGAAUCCAGAAUCCAAAUCCAUGAGCUGCCCAUUUCAUCCAGGCCUGGCUGGCUUUCAUCAGUGUAAAUCUAAAACAUCCCAUUUGCUGCUCUGCUGAAGAAAACGGGUACAUUUUUAUAUUGUCUCAGCUCAGCAGAGUUGCUUAACAUGGUCUGAGGAACAUUGUCAAGAUGCAGAUGUUAAUAGGGAAAAAAAAAUUUCCUUGAGCUGCCUUUAUUGUGCACUGGAGGAAGCUCGGUCUGCAGCACCCGGACCACAUGGAUGGCUUGGUUGCAGCUCAACUCCUCCUUUUUUAAGAUCUCUUGGUUUCCA